AUGGAUGGCGUCGCUCCACGAGGUCGUCAAGACCAAAUUCGCUCCGCGAAACGAGCGUUGCGCCAGUUCCAACGGCGUCGCGCUCAAGAACAAAGCAAGCGUGCUUCCCGUACGCUCCGGGCCUCUGUGCUUGUGCAAGGCACAGAGAAGCCUACCAUUGUACGCCAGAGUCUCACUGCGACCAAUGUGCUGGGCACAGUAGCGCGUGAGUCGGCUGUGCGGGCCACAGACAAGUCACGGCGUCGUCUUUCUCGUCCCUCAUCGAUUCGGUUCGAGGACAUGUCCGACCCACCAAGCCGGCGGUCGUCACGCACACUCACACCGGGCCAGUUGGAGUCUCUUUUCCCCUCUUCACGCGACGAGCGGCGCAUGUCGACGGUCUUCCCUGCGCUUCGCGGCCCGUCUGAUUCACGCCGCUCGUCGAUGAUCAUACCUACGCCGGCGCCUGAGAAUCGACGACGUGUAAGCCGUCAUUCGCGUCAGUUUAGUAUAGCCACACGGGGCGAAGGCUUCGAGCUAAUGAGUGGGCAGCCUUUGAGCACAGGCGGUCCUCGGUCCUCGCGGUACUCUGUUCGUAUGUCGUCGCUCGAGCCGGCAAGUCAGUUGUUUGGGCACCGCGCUUCGCAAAAACCGCUACCGCCGAUCCCAUCCGACUGGCGAGCGGCCUUGCAGCAUCUGGGAGAGUUGGACUCUGACUCGGACGCGGACGCAGACCGUACCACAGCGCUGGAGAAGCUCGAGGGUCGAUACCAGCCUGGCGCCUCGCCUGCGACGUCCGACAAGACGUCACGCCGACGUGCGCCUGUGCCCAGCUGGCUGGGCUUGGACAAUGCAACGCCACGCUCGGCCACGCCCACAUCGCCUACAGAGGCCUCGCCUGUGCCGGAAUUGUCGACCGUGCAAGAAGUCGAUGAAGUAUCGACGUCGCUGAUCUCCAAAGCGCCUGAGGCCGAUGAGUCUUCCAGCCAAACGAAGCUGCGUCCUCUGCGCCUGGGGGCCUUGUCGUCGACGCCUUCGCGGCCGUCGGCCCCAGCCUCCGCUAGCGUGAAAGCAGCACAUCGUGUAUCGAGUCUUCCUUAUCGUGCGUCUGUAUCCCUGGACGAGGCGCCUGCCUCGCAUCAGCACCAGGCAAAGAGCUCGCGCAGUGCACAGUCCACGACCAUUUCCUGGCCGCCGUCCGAGCAGGCUGGCAGUUUAUUCAGUCCCGAGUCUAAUAUAUCCGAUUCGCCCGGCGCGACCAGCAUUGACUCGGCGGAGCACACGCCACGCAAGCGUAUGGCUCAUUCGGACGACUACAUGCUGGAGGCAUGGCAGCAUCGGUUCACUGAGAUGCAGAACGAGCUGAGUGAGCAGCGUGAGCGACACCUACAUGAGGUGACGGCGCUCCAGCGUGAGCUUGAUGAUAUGCGUCAGAUGAUGGGCUCGCAAAUCGUCACACUUACGCAGGCACGCGACAAGGCCGAGGCGCGUAUUGCUGAGCUGGAGAGGCAGAUGGAAGCGACGCAAGUCGAGUUGCAGGACACGUCUGGCGAGCGCGAUAUGUAUCGCGAAGACAUUGGCGAUUGGCGUACACGCUGCAGCGACUUGGAGCAGACGAUUCAAGCCCAGCAGCUGCGUCUGGAGAAGGAAAAGAUGUGGCGCCAGAUGGCGCAGGCACGAAUGCAGACCUUGCGUCAGCGUCUGCAGACGUCGGACAAGGCAGGUUUGGACAUGAGCCCAUCUUCGAGUUUCUCCACCACGUCUUCGCUCCUGGACGUGCCAGAGCUGCCGGAGCUGCCGGAACAAGACGAUCCCAAGGUAUGGGCGCAGAACAUUGCACGCCAGCUGUCGAAGCACACGCCGUCGCACUCGGAAUCGCUGCCGGAUCUGACCCCAGAAGCGGUGCAGCUCGUAUCGGAUAUGCGCGAGCAGAUUCUUGCGCUGUACGCGUCCCUACAGCUUGAGCAGUCACAGCAUGCUCUCACACGCGAGCAGCUACGUAUGGCGCAGGCUCCGGUCGCGAAAGACGCCGACGAGCCAGUAUCUUCCAAGGAUACUACGACACCUACGGUGGUCUCCGCGCCCUGGGUCUUCACACCCGCGGACAAAGUGGCUGCCACGGCCUUGGAGAGCAGCGAUGCAGUCGCCACCGUGGACGAAGAAGAAGUGCCUACGCCUACUGUGCUGCCUACAGAGGCCAGUGAGCCUGUGGCGACAGAGUCGACGCCGGCCGGCUCACCAGAUACGUCCACGGCCGAUAUUCUGUUUGCAGGCGCCUCGGAUGUCGUUGAUCCCUUGGUCGGUUUGGGCCUCGGCGAUGACGCGCCGGCUACAGACGACAAGGGCACUGGCACUGUGCCUGAGCACAUGGUGCCAUCGCUGCUUGGCGCGUCGGCUGAGAUCACGGCAUCUCACGCUCACUCCUGGUCGCAAGAGAGCCUCGGUCUGUCCACUCGUCCGCGCCGUCCGCCUAGCGAGCCGGCGACGCCGCGGGAUACGACGGAUCUCUUCACGACGUCGCCAUCGGCGGACACUAUGACGCCCAUUGUGAGCGAGCCUGCAUGGCCCGAUAUUGAGGCAAGUUACUCCAUGGAGGAGCCGCCUGUGCCUGCGCUCUUGGCCUCGCCGGCCGACUUGGAAGGUGGUCUCUCGACUGAGGACAGUGUGUGGGUGAGCGACGAGGACGAGGCCGAUGCUUCUGCGUGGGUCGAUGACGACGCCAACCCACCUACGCCACGCCCUGAAUUUAUUCCUGAAUGGAGCUUUGAGCAGGCGACGUACGAGGCGGCGCGGGAUGUGCAGGUGUUUGAGUUGUCAGGCAACCAUACGUCGUCGCGGUAUGCGCGACGUGGUGCACGGCGUGUGCGUCGUACGCCUGUCGAGGACUUUUUCGGUAUUUUGCAUGUCGAGAAGGAAGCGCUUCCGCCGCUGCCUACGCCGACGUAUGCCCUGGACAUGCCGCCCGUGGAUAUGGACGCUCUCUCUACUUCUUCGGCGCCUGGCUUUACGCCCAAGGUGCGUGCCGCGUCGCUCGCGACGCCGACGGCGUCGCGUCUUUCGGCUGUCCAGCGCGGCUCUGCGCUGAAUGACGAUUCGUGGACAAGUUUGGAGGAUUGGCAGCCUGCUGCGAAGACAUUGGCAUCAGAAGCCGCGUCGUUUGUCUCGCACAUGUUCUCCGGCAUCACUGUAUCGUCUCCUCCUACUUCGUACGAGUACGCGGACAACACGGCGCUCCCUUCGAUCCUGCCUUGCGAUGUCGACGAGGAGCCGCCGCAAACGCCCACCAUGCCCAUGUCCAACAACCAUUUGGCGCCCUCGAUCCCGCCACCCAGCUCGCCGAUUCCGCGCAGCCCCAGUGACGAUUCCCCUGCCCCUCGUGAACCUGGCCGUCUUCGGUACGUCAAGUGCAAUCCCCAGACCCGCAUUCCUGUCCCCUCGCCUAUCUGGGAGCUAGACUUUACCUACACCACGAGUACGCCUGGCGCGGCUCGUGUAUUCACGAUUUAA